CCACGGCACCCCCCAAACCCACACCCCGGGGCCGGGAUGGAGCUGGGAUCGGGACCGGGACCGGGAUCAGGGGCUGGAUCAGGAUCAGGAUCGGGAUCGGGACCGGGAUCGGGAUCAGGGGCCGGACCGGGACCCAGACCCGGUCUCUGGGCCGCCUGCGUGGUGACCGGCGCUUCCCGGGGCUUUGGGCGCUGCCUGGUGCGGCUGCUGGCCCCGAAACUGCGUGAGGGUUCGGUGUUGGUGCUGCUGGCCCGUUCGGAGGUACCGCUGAACCAGUUGGCGGCGGAACUACGGGACACCGGGCUCGGGCUGCGGGUGAAGUGCGUGGCCGCCGACCUGGGCUGCCCGGAGGGGCUGCGGAGGGCUGGGGAGGUGUUGCGGGAGGUGCUGCCCACAGCCCCCCCUGGGCCCCUUCUCCUCGUCAACAACGCCGGCUCCCUGGGAGACAUCUCCAAAUCCUUCCUCGACCUCACCGACCCUGAGGAGAUCAACAGCUACUUUGCCUUCAAUGUCACCUCAGCCCUUUGCCUCACCUCCACGGCCCUGGCAGCUUUUGGGAAGCAUCCCAGCUCCAGCAGGACUGUGGUGAACAUCUCCUCCCUCUGUGCUCUGAAGCCCUUCAAGAGCUGGGCUCUGUACUGCAGUGGGAAGGCUUCCCGGGAUAUGAUGUUCCAGGUGCUGGCCCUGGAGGAGCCCGAUGUCCGUGUGCUCAACUAUGCCCCGGGUCCUCUGGACACGGAGAUGCAGCUCUUGGCCAGGACUAAGACUGGAGACCUGGAGCUGCGUCAGCAUUUCCAGAGCCUGCACCAGAGCCAGCAGCUGAUAGACUGCACUGUGUCAGCCCAGAAGCUGGUAAACCUCCUGGAAGAAGACUCCUUCCCCUCUGGUGCCCACCUGGAUUUCUAUGACAUCUGAGUUACCUUCACCUCCACCCUCCCCUUCACACUUUGCUUUCUGCUUCUCCCCACCGAGCUGCAUCUGGGGUGACCUUGGUUGGGUCCUGGGUGCUCUGCAGCUUUCAAGAGAAGAUUAUGGGUGCAUUCUGUAUGGGGCUGGGGAGGGAACCUCCUGCUUUGCUGCUUUGGGGCCUUCCUGGAGACCCAGCAGCAGGAGCAGGGAUUUCCUGGCUUUCCCCAGGGAAUGAGCAUGGAAGCAUAAAGCUUCCCUGUGCAGGAACAUGUGUGAGCCAAGGAGGUACCAAAGCACAUGAGGCCAGGUCAGAAAGCAACCCCAGAAGGUCUCAAAAGCAGCCAAGAGAAGGAGUAGAGCUGUGUCCCAGCCUCUCUCCCCUUUGCCUCCCAGGGCUGUGUGCUCAGCAAGUCCCCAAAGGACCAAAGAGCCCCUCCUGCCACCCCAAAGCCCUGAGUCCCCAUCCCUCAUCUCACCAGUGGCUCCUUCAGCCUCUCCUGCAGUUCUGGGAUCCUCUCUGCCUGGGUGUUGUGCAUUAGGAGGUGGAACAAAGCCCAUCCUUGUGGUUUUGUACCAAGGUGAUAAAUGACCAAGGUGA